CCCCUGCCCGGCUCCCCGGCGAGAGCGCCGAGCACCUCCCUGUCUCCCGCGGGGGGCCGCCGGACAAGUGUUCCCAACGCCGCCUCUAGAAAAUCCCGGGGUUUUACGGCUGUGUUUUCUAGGGAGAAGAUGGGAAAGGGCAGGUUCCCGCUCCUGCUGGGGCUGUGGGGUUAGUCCCCGCAGUCGCGGUGUGUCUGCUCGCGGCAAAUCACAGAUGCUGAUGUGAAAAAGGGCCAAAGCAGAGGAGAGGCGUCAGUGGAUGCGAGCGUUUGUACUGAUGGAUUGAGGAGGUGGAGGCUGCCUGGUGCUGGAGAGAACCCAAGAGUGGUAAUUAGGAAGCCCAAAUUUCAGCUACCAUACUGAUGAGAGAAUAAUCCCCAAAGGGGAAAACUAGACUGUUCCAAGCAACCAAAACUCUUUGAAAAGUGCUCUGGCAAUUUAAGGUGGAAAGCACGGAUUUACAGAGCUGAACUGGAUCAGCUGAAGAAGUGGGGAAAGAGAAACAAAACAAGUAGAGUACCAGUGAAAAGAGCUUCAGCUUUAUCUGACAGCAUCACCACAGCAACCAGAGAAUACGAUCAGAGGACAAGGGCUGGAGCAGAGAAGGUGACAGUGUGGCUCCCUACCUUUGGACAGAAGGCAGCAGAUAAUUAUGCAGAACAGAAAGGGGUGUUUGGUGGCUCCAGACAAACUGUGGCAGAGGGAAGAGUCCCGUCAUUAACAGGAAUGUGCCCCAGUUUAUGCACUGGCAAGGGGAGUGCCAUGAGAUCUACUGAAGAGACUAUUUCUGGGGUUGCACAUCUCCACGUGUUUGUCCCCCUGCUGGGACUCAAUUAGGUGGCUGUAGGCACCGUGGACCAACAGGUUCUGGAAAGUGACCUUUUCUCCCGUUCAAGCUGUACGUGGCACGAGAACUGAGCGACACUGCAGACCUUAGUUCAGAGACACAGAGAGUGAGCAGAUCUCCAACCCUUCCCUUCCACACCUGCCUGCUGUACCAUGGGAUGUCGGCAAAGCUCUGAGGAGAAAGAGGCAGCGCGGCGGUCGCGGAGGAUUGACCGCCACCUGCGCUCUGAAAGCCAGCGACAGCGAAGGGAGAUCAAACUCCUCCUCCUGGGUACCAGCAAUUCUGGGAAGAGCACCAUCGUAAAGCAGAUGAAAAUCAUUCACAGCGGCGGCUUUAACUUGGAGGCCUGUAAGGAGUACAAACCUCUGAUUAUCUACAACGCCAUUGACUCUCUCACUCGGAUCAUCCGGGCCCUGGCCACCCUUAAGAUAGAAUUCCACAACCCUGACAGGGCGUAUGACGCCGUGCAGCUCUUCGCCCUGACGGGCCCGGCUGAGAGCAAGGGCGAGAUCACCCCGGAGCUGCUGGGGGUGAUGAAGCGGCUGUGGGCAGACCCCGGCGUGCAGGAGUGUUUCUGCCGCUCCAACGAGUACCACCUGGAGGACAACGCCGCCUACUACCUGAACGACCUGGAGCGCAUCGCGGCCCUGGACUACAUCCCCACCGUGGAAGACAUUCUGAGGUCCCGGGACAUGACCACGGGCAUUGUAGAAAACAAGUUCACCUUCAAAGAGCUGACUUUCAAAAUGGUGGACGUGGGUGGGCAGAGAUCCGAACGCAAAAAAUGGAUCCACUGUUUCGAGGGGGUUACAGCAAUAAUUUUCUGUGUGGAGCUGAGCGGGUAUGACUUGAAGCUGUACGAAGAUAACCAAACAAGUCGAAUGGCAGAAAGUUUGCGCCUGUUUGAUUCCAUCUGCAACAACAACUGGUUUAUCAACACUUCCCUCAUCCUUUUUUUGAAUAAGAAAGAUCUGCUGGCAGAAAAAAUCCGUCGCAUCCCCUUAACAGUCUGCUUCCCUGAGUACAAGGGCCAGAACACGUACGAGGAGGCCGCGGUCUACAUCCAGCGCCAGUUCGAGGACUUGAACCGCAACAAGGAGACCAAGGAGAUCUACUCACACUUCACCUGUGCCACUGACACCAGUAACAUACAGUUCGUGUUUGAUGCAGUGACAGAUGUCAUCAUUCAGAACAAUCUCAAAUACAUUGGCCUCUGCUAAGAAUCCUUGGGUUAAUCUGUUUUCCUGGAGCGAUAAAAAAGGGGCUAACCACUUCCACUUCUAGUGGGAAAAAAAUGGGGCAGUGCUUAAUAGCCCAAGGAGAGAAAAGGGGAAAUCUGAUGUAUGCACACAGUUCCUCUUAUGGCCCCUUAACUUGCUACAUCAUUUUCCACAAAUAAAUGUUCUGGAGAGUGAAAGUCUCCUCUCUGAGAAAACCACACACCCCCAGUGAAAAAAAAACCAAAACAACCAACAGCUCAAACACCCCAAAAAACAAAACAAAGAGAUUGAGGCCUAACUCUGUGGAGAUGUUUCACCACAGUCACUGCACUUUUAAUCCAUUUGUUUCAUUCCAUUUCCUACAGUGGGAGUGUUAUCAUGUUUUGUGUAAGAAAUAAUUCUUCAUCGAGUUGUCCUAAAGUUUUAUUGACAUAAAGAUGUAAAUCUGGUGAGUGGCAGAUGAACUCGUUUGCAGGGUGUGGAGCUGAGUGGUUGUGUUGGGGAGCAAAGCCAGUUCAAAGCAGACGCUACAGAACAGGAGAGUUGAAGGAAAGCACUGCUGUAGAUUGUAGAGAAGGGGCACGUCCCACAGUACUGGCACCCACAGUGAGGAGUUUGUCCACACCGUCCUGUAUGCACAUGCACAUGCCCACAGAUAUUCUAUGUACACCCCUCUGCUUUCCUGUUCCUCAUGGACACCUUGCCUACUGAAGGGAUUGGUGGUGCGCAAUGUUUUGUGAUUUCCAAACUGACAAGCAGCUCCUUCUGCUCUUUAAGGCUUCAAAUAUGCAGCAAAACCCACGAAAUUAAUCUGUGACUAGGCCAAAUUAAGGUCAGUGUUUCUUCUACUGGUAAGGAGUUUUAUACAUCGAAACAGUCUUCUUUUACAUCUUUUUUUGCCAAAUCUUGUGGUGUUUCACAAAAACCAAACUAUAUUUAAGGAGUAGGUUAGUGUUCCUUUUUUAAUACAGUUUAAAAAAAAAAUAAAUCACAAAGCAAUUUUUUAAAUUAUUGUUGUAGUGUCUGGAUUGCUGAAUGUGAAAGUUGCCAACGGACAAUUCUGUUCCACUGCUCCAAAUAUAUUCUGGGAAUUGUAAUGUUAUAUUUCCCAAGCAGCAGGAGCCAUGGAGAUUGUGUAGUAUAUAGCCUCCAAAGUCUUUUUUUUUUUUUUGAUUGCUUUUUUUAAAAUUAUUUUUAAAAUGUGAUGUAUUAUUAGAAGGUUAAAGAUGAGCGAUAUGAACAAUAACUAAAUGUCUUGAUAUUUCAAUUUAAUAAUUUAAAUUAUUUACAGUUUAGUGAAAAUUAAGGAAACUGAAGAGAUGCAUUCCUCAGCUCCAGGUUUCAUCUCAGAAAGAAACACUACUGGAUGGAGUAACAUUCUGGCAAAAGUUUCAAUGCAUAAGAAGCUCUGUGGGACUGUACUGGAAAAUCUCUAAUGGAUCACAUAGACCCAAGUCUUUGGUCAGUUGAUUCUUUCCCCUGCCAUAGAAAAGACUUCUUAAAGACUUCAGUGUAAAGUUGGUGUGUAAAUAAAUGUUUGAUAACUGUAAAGCACAUACGUACACAGAGACACAGACACACAUGCACACUGGAAAAUCACCUUCUACUUUUGUUCCCCUUAUGUACUAUGAUUAGUGCAAGAAAUUUCAGCCAAGGGCUCUCAGAAAAUUGAAACAAAAUGGUUAACAACAUCAACAUUUAAAUUGUCCACUUAAAAAAAUAAAUAAUUCAAAUGAUA